AUGCAUCAUCACCACCAUCAUAGAAGACCACGGAUUGCAUAUGAUACAAAUUCUAAUUAUAUGCAAACUGAUUUGCCGAUGAAAAUUCUAGGAGUGCAGAGCAACAAAGAUGAAUCCACUGAUGUUACUCCAGAUCUUAAGUCCCUUCAAGAGAUGAUCAAAAUAGGAUAUCCUCUUCUUGUCAACGAAUCUUUAACUGAUGGACAAGAGAAACUUAGAUAUCAUGUUAACAAAACGCAAGGUCGUUAUUAUGUCACAUUCGAAACAGUUAAAGUAUCCCAAGAAGGAAAAGAAUUCAAAGCAUUUUUCCGUAAAGGUUAUGUCGAUGUCAAAUAUGAAGCAUUAACUGAGAUAAGACCCAAUCCAAGAUGCAAAUUCAUUAGACAAACGAAACGCAUUCCAAGACCUCUUACACAACAUGAAAUUCAAAUAAUUAUGACCAUUGUCAGGGAAAAAAUUUUUUCAUCAUUAAAUUAA